UAUCGUAUCAGUAAAAAGCGCGAAACUUUUUUAAAAAUCAGUUACACCAUUUCUCUUCUUCUACAUAAUCUCAUGAAGCUCCUCUUCUCUAUUAAACGCCGUUACACUUCUCUCCCAUCUCUCAAUCUCCACUACCCACAAACCAACGAACCCAAAAUCCUCCAUUUCUGUAAAUCUGGUGAUCUCACUCACGCACUGAAUCUUCUCAACUCCCUAGACUCAACCAAGCUUUCUAAUAAGCCAUUCAUCUACGCUUCUCUCCUUCAAACUAGUACGAAACUUGGCUCUUUUAGCCCUGGUCUCCAAAUCCAUGCACAUCUAAUAAAAUCCGGUCUGGAAACUGAUAGAUUUGUAGGUAAUAGCUUACUUGCUUUAUAUUUUAAAUUGGGUACUGAUUUUCUCGUGACGAGAAAGGUUUUUGACGGGCUUUACUACAGAGAUGUGAUUUCUUGGACUUCGAUGAUUACGGGUUAUGUUAAAGUCGAUAAAUCGAAUAAAGCAAUUGAAUUGUUUGGGGAAAUGUUGGAUUUUGGUGUUGAGCCUAAUGAUUUCACUUUAUCUGCUGUUAUAAAGGCGUGUUCGGAUCUUCGGGAUGUGAUACUUGGUAGAUGUUUUCAUUGUGUUGUUGUGAUUCGUGGGUUCGACUCGAAUCAUGUUAUUGGUAGUGCUUUGAUUGAUAUGUAUGGGAAGAAUUAUGGAGUGGAGGAUGCACGCCGGAUGUUUGAUGAAUUGCUUGAACCAGAUGCUAUUUGUUGGACUUCUGUUAUUUCUGCAUUCACUAGGAACGAUAUGUAUGAUAAAGCUUUGGGAUUUUUUCAUUUGAUGCAGAGGAGAUUCGGGUUGGCUCCGGAUAGUUUUACGUUUGGAACGGUGUUGACUGCUUGUGGUAACUUGGGUAGAUUGAAGCAAGGGAAGGAGGUGCAUGCUAAGGUCUUUACAUCAGGGUUUAGUGGGAAUGUGGUUGUUGAAAGCAGCCUGGUUGAUAUGUAUGGGAAAUGUGGUUUUGUAAAUGAAUCUCAACUUGUUUUUGAUGGAAUGCGUGUAAGAAAUUCGGUUUCUUGGUCUGCAUUGCUUGGAGGAUAUUGUCAGAAUGGAGACUUUGAAUCUGUCAUCAGGAUUUUUAGGGAAGUGGGAGAGGCUGAUCUCUAUAGUUUUGGAACUGUUCUACGCGCUUGUGCGGGAUUGGCGGCAGUAAGACGAGGGAAAGAGGUGCACUGUCAGUAUGUGAGAAGGGGCGGUUGGAGAGACGUUAUUGUAGAAUCAGCUUUAGUUGAUCUUUAUGCAAAAUGUGGCUGUAUUGAUUUUGCACAUAGAAUUUUUGCAAAGAUGUCGGUUAGAAAUUUGAUAACUUGGAAUUCAAUGAUCUGUGGGUUAGCCCAAAAUGGAGGAGGGCAAGAAGCUCUUAAAAUGUUUGAUGACAUGAUCAAGGAAGGGACGAAACCUGAUUACAUUACUUUUAUCGGUGUUCUUUUCGCUUGUAGUCAUACAGGUUUGGUUGAUGAAGGGAGAACGUAUUUUACGUCGAUGAUCAAUGAGUAUGCAGUUAAACCGGGAGUUGAGCAUUACAGUUGCAUGGUUGAUCUCCUGGGCCGAGCUGGUUUACUAGAAGAAGCUGAAUUACUGAUAGAGAAUGCAGAUUGCAGAGAUGAUUCAUCUCUUUGGGAAGUUCUUCUUGGUGCUUGUGCCACGUGCAGAAAUUCUGAUACCGCAGAGCGCAUUGCAAAGAAAACUAUGAAAUUGGCACCUGACUACCACUUGAGUUAUAUUUACCUUGCUAACAUCUACAAAGCAAUAGGUCGAUGGGAUGAUGCUGUAAAUGUUAGGAAACUAAUGGAAGAUAGAGGAGUUCAAAAGAUGCCUGGAAAAAGUUGGAUCUCCGGUGAUAGAAACACGACUUCUCAUUUAAAUGCAAGCGGAGUAGGCUAAUGAAUUUAACAUAACAAUAUUAACAUAGGAAUUUCAAUGUUCUACACUUUGCUGGGUUCCCGUAUACCCAUGCUCAAUCACUAUGCUUAUCGCUUUGACUAUUGUGUCAUACAUUACAGAAUAAAAUCUUCAAUGUUUGAACAAGUUGUUUAUGUACAGUUUACACAAUAGGGAUCUGGUCAUUUUCUUUUUCUCAA